CACGGCUUACAGGCAGGCAGGCAGGGAGGGCGAUCUAACCCGUGCUAGGACUACUUUGACCUACUCGAUUUCUGGGUUUCGUUUCGAUUUGGACCAUGCCUGUGACAGCGGAGUCUAUUAGGAAUAAACUGGCAGCGGAAAUGGGUGCCGUGCAUGUGGAAGUUGAGGACACAACUACCGACCACUGUUCUACUAGUUUCAAAGUUCUCAUCGUCUGCCCCCAGUUUGAAGGCAAACCUCUUCUACAAAGACACAGGAUGGUCAAUACUUGCCUCACUGAAGAACUGAAGGAGAUUCACGCCUUCGAACAGAAAACGCUGACGCCAGAACAGUGGGAGAAACAGAAGUCCGAAUAGAGAGCCGGAGUUAUCGGGAAUCAAUUUCAGCGAAACGCGUCUAGACCAUUCAAACAUGUAAUCCAACCAUAACACACUCGCCGAGAAACCACGGGGUUCAUUUGAUCAGCUUCCGCCCUGAUGCAACACAGAUGGGUUUUGUUAGAGCGUUUUACAGCGCUGCGGACUACCCCGGAUCGGGUCAAUCGCUGAUUUGUAAUCUCUAAAAGCCCAGCUGUGGUUUAUCAAGGGUACAGACUGAUCAAACUAAUCCUUUACUUUGGUGAUUCCUAUAAAAACAUGUUGGUUUUUUUUUCUUUUGUUAUUUCUAAAUAAAGUUUGAUCCUGA